AUGGAGGAGCCCCCGAGACGGCUCCUCUGGAAGGCGCCUAUCCCGGCACCCAGUCUCCCGGCCCAACCCCCGCGCCCAUGCCAGCGGCUCUGGGCUCACUGCCAGGUGCCCCACUUCUCCUGGUUCCUCGUGGUGUCACGCCCCGUGUCCGAUGCCUGCCUGGUCCCCCCGGAGGGAACGCUGCUGUGCUCCUCCGGUCAUCCUGGGGUCAAGGUCACCUUCCCCCCUGGGGCCACCGAGGAGCCCCGCAGAGUCUCCAUGCAGGUGGUGCACAUGGCCGGCCGGGAGCUGCGAGCCCUUCUGGGGGAGCCCGAAGCCGCCGUGAGCCCCCUGCUGCGCCUCUCCCAGAGCGGCCCACCCAGCUUCCUCCAGCCAGUCACCGUGCAGCUGCCUCUGCCCUCCGGCGUCACGGGUCACGGCCUGGACCGCGCCCGCCUGCACCUG